AUGUCAGACGAUAGACGUCGUAUGCCACGUGAUUUACGUAAUUUGCGUGCCUGUUUAAUAUGUUCAUUAAUUAAAAGUGCCGGUAUGUUUGAAGACGAUGGUUGUGAUAAUUGUGAAGAAUAUCUUUCAAUGAAAGGCAAUCAUGAUCGUGUUUAUGAAUGUACAUCAAGUAAUUUUGAAGGAAUGAUUGCAUUAAUGCAUCCAGAAGAAUCAUGGGUUGCUAAAUGGCAACGUAUAUCACAUCACGUGAAAGGAAUGUAUGCUGUGUCGGUUACUGGUACAUUACCACGACGUAUUCAACGUGAACUUGCUGAAAACGGUCGAGUAUAUCGUAGUCGUGAUGUUAGUUUAAAAACAUAA